CCGCCGCCGCGGACGGGGCUCCGCACACUCGAGCCCCGUUCGCCCCCUCCCCGGGGCCGCCCCGCAGCCCUCGCCGCUGGCUCGCCGCUCUCCUCCGUCCUCGGAGCCGCUCCGGCCCCGCUCUCGGCUCGGGUGACCCGUGUUUCGUCUGCCCGCCCCCCCCCCCGCCCCAACCCGCCCCCGGCGCGAUCUGGCGGUGGCGCCGCGCACCGAGCAGGGCGCGGGGGCCUCCUGCAGCCCCCGCCGGAGCCGGGCGAGCCCCCCCGGGCUCCCCAGGGCCGAUCCGUGUCCCGUUAACCCCCCCCGGGCGUGCUCGCUCCAGCCGGGCCGCGGCCUCCAUCACCGCCUCUCCCGUUUGCGGGCGGGGUUAACCCGCUGCCGCCUCCGCGGCUCUUCCCGCCGCGGCUGCACCUCCACAGCCCCGCUCCGGCGCGGAGCGAUCGCUCUCCCUGCCGCAGGGGUGGGAGAACCGAAGCACAUCGACAACGCGCUGUAAAACCGCGGCUCCGGGCCCCUGCAGCACCGAGUGCCCGGGCGGGCGGUGUCACGCGGGCCACACGGACCCUCCCCGAGGUCCCUGUCCCCGCCGGCUCCUCCCCGCGGGAGGGUGAUGCUGCUGCCUCUGCUCUCUCGUCCCAGGUCCCAGCUUUCCAACGGAGCCCGUCAGAAACUGCCCCAAACCGGGGCCGGAAGUUUCUGGUGUCCCUUUGGCCGGUGGCCCCGAUUUGUGGGGUUCCCCCAGAGAGGGCUGGGGGGGGUGGGGAGGUGACAUCCCCUCCUGAGGCUGCCGGAGCGGGAUACGUGGAUGUGGGAUGGGAGCCAGGGAGGGCCGGGAUAGCGGAGCAAGGGGGGACGUGCAGGAGGUGGGGGAAGCGGUGCUGGGGGUUAGCCAGAGCUGGAGGUACCGGGAUGGAGUUUGCGGCACCCCCGUGCUCGGGCUGCCCUGGCUGAGCCGUAUGGCAGCCUUCCGGCCACAGGCUGAAGCGGGCUGUCACCGGCGGUGCCGGUCACGGUGCUCCCUGACCCACGGCUGCAGGGGGGACGCCGCAGGGUUGCCGAGAGGAGCCGCUCUUCAGUCCCGUGCCGGCCUCCCGGACCCGUCGUGCCACAGGGAUCCCCCCCGGCUGCUGUGGCGGCAGCUGAACCCCAACCCCAUGGGCCUGGUGCGGGCACGGUGCGAUGGGGAGAGCCGUGCUGGGGGGCGGGCAGGGGGGGAUCUGCUGUCCCGCCGCAGACCCGGCACAGCCGCUCCGGGUCCCGCUUCUCCCACUCCUCGCCUUGCUCUCCAUCUCCUUCCACUGCCUCUGCUUCGGGGCCGCGUCGUGCCGCUCGCCCGGGGGUGCGGUGCCGCUCGCCCGGGGGUGCGGUGCUGCAGGUUGUGCUCGGGUGCUCCCCUUUCCUUCACCCCCUGCCUCUCCCCCUCUCCUCCCCGGCCUCUCUUCUCCCUCUCUCUUUCUCCUGCCAGAGACUCGGUGUCUCGGUGGGCACCGGCCCCCUCUGGCUUUGCUCUGCUUGUCGCCGGGCCGGCCCGGCUGAGCCCCCGGGGCUCUUCGUGCCCACGUGCCGAGGACGGGUAGGGAGGAGCCGUGGUGCCGCAGGGCCGGGUGCUGAGCUCUGGGGGUGCGGGUGAAAAGGGGGGGAAAUGGAGCAAACCAAAGCUGUGCCGGGGUGUCCGGGGGCCACCGGGCGGGUGGCUGGGCACGUUAGGCUGUGCCCACAUUCACUGUGGGGUGGAAGCAAAUGAAGGUGGUUCCGUGUCUGCUGCCUGAGCAGUGGAGCGGGGCCAGUGGAGCCCGUCCCAGCGCCUGUCCCGCUGCUGCUGAGCCGCCAGGGCCCUGGCGAGGCUCCGUAAGCGUUCAACCCUGUAACAAAUUGUCUUUUCUCCCCCCCUCACUGAUAACCCUCUGUCUGCUGCUUUAUCAGACUAUGCAUUUGUUCACAUGGAGAACGAAGCAGAUGCAAAGGUUGCCAUCGAAAACCUUAACGGGAAGGAGGUGAAGGGGCGCAGAGUGAACGUGGAGCUCUCCACCAACGUCCAGAAGAAGGGCGUGGGCCAGGCCCUGCCGCCCGCCCUCGGCCUCGACAAGACCAAGAGGAUCGGCCUGGAAUACCGCGAGAAGUUCCAGCCCAAGAUCGAGGGCUUCGACCAGCAGCGCCGGGCGGCCGACGCCGCCUUCCCCUCGGCCGCCAGUGCCGGCUACGCGGCCGCCUCCUCCCUGUAUGAUUACCAGCAGCGCUUCGGCACCGGCGGCGCCGGCAAGUACGAGGCCUUCGAGGCGCAGGCCAGGCCUGCCUCCCCCUCCUACUUUGGGAGGGACCGCAGCCCGCUCCGGCGCUCCCCGACCCGCACCGGCUACGCGGCGGUGACGCUCCCCAUGACGGCGCAGCCGGCGACUUACCGCGCCCAGCCCUCGGCCUCGCUGGGGGCCACGUACCGCGCCCAGCCCUCAGCCUCCCUUGGCGUGGCCUAUCGCCCGCAGCCCACCACUGGCCAGGCUGCUUCCUACCGUGCCCAGCCCUCCGCCUCGCUGGGCAGUGCCUACCGCUCCCAGCCCUCCAUCUCCCUCGGCGCCUCCGGUGUGCAGCCCACCGCCAACUCGCUCGGCUCCUACGGCGCCCAGGCCCCUGCCUCCUACGGCGCGCAGCCCGCCGCCUCCCAGCUCUCUGGCUACGGUGUCCAGUCUGCCGCCAUGGUCUCCUCCUACGGGGCGCAGGCCGCCUCCGGCUACCCUGCUUCCUAUGGUGCCCAGGCCGCCGCCGCCGUUGCCUAUGGUGCCCCGGCGGCUGGCCCCACUGCUUCCUACGGUGUCCAGGCCGUGGCCACGCAUGUGGCCUCCUACAGCACCCAGCCUGCUGCUGGCUACGGCACACAGCCCAUAGACGGCCAUGCUGCUGGCUACGGCGCGCAGCCCGGUGCCACGCUCUCUGCCUCCUACGGCGUGCAGGCCGUGGCCACACACGUCACCUCCUACGGUGCCCAGGCGGUGGCUGGUCACGCCGCUGCUGCCUACCAGCCUGUGCCCGGCCACUCAGUCUCGUACGGCGCCCAGCCGGCACCCACGCUCUCGGCCCCCUAUGGUGCUCAGCCUGUUGCCGGUCACUCUGCUGCCUAUGGCACCCAGCCCGCCGCCAACCUGCCCUCCUCCUACGGCAGCCAGUCUGCCGCCACCGCGCUCUCAGCCACCUACGGUGCCCAGGCGGGCUCCUCGCUGGCAGCUUACGGCAGCCAGGCCAUCAACGCCUCCUACAAGGCGCAGGCUUCCGCCCCGCUGACGGCUGCGUACCGGGCGCAGCCCUCUGGCUCCAUGGCGGCGUCCUACCCUGCGCAGCAGCCCUCCUCCGCGUCGCUGGCGGCUGCCUACCGAGCCCAACCGGGCAGUGCCUACGACGGGCCGAGCCAGCUGGGGCAGCCCGCGGCCUCCUACCUGGGCCUGUCGCAGGCUGCCGUCGCACCGCCCUACGAGCGCACCCGCCUCUCUCCACCUCGCAGCGCCGCCUACGAUGACCCAUACAAAAAAUCCUCGGCUAUGGCUAAAAGGUACGGCUCCGAGCGCCGUCUCUCUGACCUCUCAGAUUACCGGCGCUUAGCAGACUCGCCGCUCGCGUACCGCCGCUCGCCAACAAAGUCCCCGCUGGAUUACCGCCGCCUCCCGGAAGCGCACGCCGAUUACGCCCGCUACUCGGGCACUUACGGCGAUUACCUGCCUGCCGCCCGCGUCCACUCGGGCUACCAGCGCCGCCUCUGAGCCGCUGCCCGCGGGCAGGCUGUGCGCGCCACCCCCCCGGCACGGCUCGGUUCUGGCUCUCGCCCCCCCGGGGCAGGACGGUUCUUUUUUAGCUGCUUUUUCCUUUCUCUUUUUUGGAGUCGUUUUAGAAGGAUCCAUGGUUACGGUUGGAAAGCGGGUGCUGGGUGCCGGGUGUGCGGUUCACCGUCCCCUCCCGCCGUAGCGUGGUGGCACCGUCUCUUGCGGCCCAGCCAGCUAUCAGCACCGGUUAUAACCCAGGCAGUCGUUGCCACCGAGCAGAGCCUGUGCUCUUUUAUACCACGAGUUCCCCCUUUUGGGGUUCAUUCCCCCUUUGGCAGUGUCAGUCUGCGGCAGGGCGCCGGCUCGGCGCAGCACCGAGGUUUUGUAUGACUGUAAAUAAACGUUGGGCUCUUCAGCGUUUCCCAA